AAAUGGCAAAAUACAAUAAUCCAAUCUUUCUUGUUUGAGUAUCUAUGAUAAUGAUGAAGAAUGCAGUAGCGGCAAAACACGAAUAGGGGGGUAAGGUAAGGUAACGCAGCAGCAACAACAACAAUAACAACAGCAGAAGCCGCUUUAACUUCAAUGGCACGCCUCUCUCGCCUUUUCUUGACCCUUACUCAAUCCCACCCACUCUCUUUCUUCCUCUCCACCCCACCUUCACCUUCAUCUCAUUCUUCUUCCUUCUCUCUUCUUCAAUUCCUUCUCUUACCAUUCUUGUAAAAUCUCCUCUUUUUCUCUCAAAAUUCUUGAACAAUCUGCCAAAGUUCUGCUCCUUUCUCUCUUUGAUACCACACCCUCUUCCAUGGGAACCGAGCCUCCGCCGCCCCCACCGCCGCCGUUGCCGCCGCAGUCUCCGCCGAGGAUGCUUCUCCCUCCUCCAUCGCCAACCCCCGCAACGGCUACAUCGCUUGCUCCUGGCUUCAGAUUCCAUCCUACUGACCAAGAGCUUGUUAGCUACUAUCUUAAACGCAAAAUUUGUGGCAAACCCAUUCGCUUUGACGCUAUUUCUGAGACCGAUAUCUAUAAGUCUGAACCGUGGGACCUACCAGCUUUGUCAAAGCUGAAGAGCAGAGACAAUGAAUGGUACUUUUUUGGUGUACAAGAUAGAAAGUAUGUGAAUGGUUCUAGAGUGAAUCGAGCGACAGGCAAAGGGUAUUGGAAAGCCACAGGUAAUGAUCGCCCUAUUGUACACAACUUUCGCACAGUUGGUAUGAAGAAGACUCUUGUCUUUUACAGUGGACGGGCGCCCUGUGGGAAGCGUACGAAUUGGGUUAUGCAUGAGUACAGAUUAACGGAUGAAGAGCUUGCUAAAAGUGGUAUAGUAAUGGAUUCAUAUUUGCUAUGCAAAAUAUUGAAGAAAAGUGGUCCAGGAUUUAAGCCUGGUGAGCAGUAUGGACCCUUUGUAGAGGAGGAGUGGGAGAAAGAUGAAUCUACCGUUGUCCCAGGAGAGGAGGGUGAUGAUGAAGCAGCCGGUAACGAUGAUGCACGUGUGGAGGAUUCCAUCCCAUCCAUCAACAAUUCUGAAUCUGCCCCAGUAACCAGCUGUGGGCUUUCAACUGAGGUUCAAGAGAUUCCGCCUCUUUGCAAAGUGGAAAGGGCAGAAGAAGGCCCAGUACCUUGUACAGUUGAUCCUGAACCAUUGUCUCUUGGGCCUAAUAAACGUUUAAGGCGUAGUGAACCUGACACCUGUCAUUCUAACGCUUCAGAGAUCUCAACCACAAUAACACAGGGUCCCUGUUCUUCAUCUACUGGGACCACAAAUUUCUCGUCUGGGCUUUUAGAUUUCCCAUUGCUGGAGUCUAUGGAGCCAAAAGAGCGGCCCUCUCCUCCUCCGGCCAAUGUCAUUGACAUUAAUGUCCCUCCAAGCUAUUUGAAACUAUUCGAAGAGCUGCGCAAUGAAAUUUAUCGGACAUCAAUAGAGAAAGAGUCUCUAAAGAUUGAAGUGAUGAGCGCCAGGACCAUGAUUAACAUUCUUCAGACAAAAGUUGAUCAUUUGACAAAGGAAAAUGAGGACCUGAAGAAGAGCAGCUUGCGGGAUGGCUAGGUUUUGUAGAGGUUUUUACCCCCUUUUUUUGGUUGUAGGCACAUCUGUUGUAAUAUCAAAUUGUCGUGUCAUUGUUCGACAAUCAUUAUGAAUAGCGUUGUGCUCUCAACUAUUGUAGUUUAACUUUCAGACAUCUAGUUUUUGUAUUUCUUUUAGUUACUCCUGCUAAGAUUGUCUGCCUUAUUAUGUUGACAUUAUGGCCAUUAUAUCUCUACCCUUUCUCUUCCCA